CGGAAGUGGAGAAGCAGCGUGGUCCUGCUGCUCUGACACCAAAACAACAGCAACCAUGAGAGCCAUCGUCCAGAGGGUCACCAAGGCCAGCGUGACAGUGGGAGACGAGACGAUCAGCUCCAUUGGCCGAGGUCUGUGUGUGCUGCUUGGAAUAUCAACAGAGGACACGCAGAGGGACGCAGACUACAUAGUGCGCAAGAUCCUGAACCUGCGCCUGUUCGAGGACGACAAUGGGAAAGCGUGGAGUAAGAGUGUGAUGGAGCGGGAGCUGGAGGUGCUGUGCGUGAGCCAGUUCACCCUGCAGUGCAUCCUGAAGGGGAACAAGCCCGACUUCCACGCUGCCAUGCCUGCAGAGAGCGCCGAACCCUUCUACAGCAGCAUCCUGGAGAGCAUGAGGAGCUGCUACAAACCUGAGCUCAUCAAAGACGGGAAGUUUGGAGCCUACAUGCAGGUCCACAUUCAGAACGACGGACCCGUCACCAUCGAGCUGACGUCACCCACUGGACCCGUGGACCCCAAACAGCUGUCAAAGCAGGAGAAGCAGCAGCAGAGGAAAGAGAAGACCAGGUCCAAAGGACCCUCAGAGUCGGGCAGGGAGAAGGGCGCCUCGCGCUCCCGACAGGAUCCCAACGCCAGCAGCGGGGCGGAGGGCGACGUGUCCUCGGAGAGGGAGCCGUAAACCAGGCAGGCGUCGCUUCGGGACGCGACGGUGACGUCGGAGCGUCCCACUUCCUGUUUCCUUCGUCCACUCGCCUGGCUGAGCGCAGCCCGAGCUGAGUCCACAGCGGAGUCGAACACGGUGUCUGAGGCGGUGUUACGGGACGGAGCGGGACGUCUGUGGCUCGGCAGCUCCCUGCACACUGUCCCCUCCUUCACGUCCAUGUUGGUCCCCGCCUCAGCUCUGCUCAGAGACUCUGGACUUACAGAGCAGAAACAGACUGAAUGUAACGACGUCUGCUGACCCGGCUCGCCACUCACCAACCAAAACACAAACAAUACGUAAAACAACAUUUAUUUCCCAGGCUCAUUUUUUCUUGUUUUGCUGCAUUCAUUCACACAUCUUCUGCUGCUCUUGAAGAUGAUGUCCAUAAUGUCACUUUUGGACGCCGGAUGGCAGCAGAGAGUCACUCCUCCUGAAAGCUUCCUCCUCCUGCUGUGUAGAGAGACUCACUGCACCAUCUGCUGGUACACUCUGGUAUUACAGGGCUGCGGGUAGCUGUUAGCUUGUUAGCACACCUUCACUGCUUCUGUCCGAUUUUUCUCAACACACGUUUGACAAAACACUGAGCAUGCUAUCAUUUUCAUAAAAUCUGUCUUUUGAAUGUUAAUGUUAAAACACAAAGCAAUUAAAAAUCAAUAUUUA